AUGAGUCUGUUCGUCGCUAGUCGGUCCGCCUUCCGGGUCUCUGCGCCCCUCAAGCGCCAAAUCCGCAGCUACGCCACCGACCCCUCCCCCUCCUCCAAGGGCAGCAACAACACCCUCCUCUACGGCGCCGCCGCCGCCGCCGGUCUCGCCGGUGCAGGCUACUACUUCCUCUCCGGCUCCACCGCUGCGAACAAGGCCCAAGAAAAGGUCAAGAACGCCUCCGCCGCCGUCGCGGAGAAGAUCCCGGGCGUCGAGGCCAAGAAAGCCUUCACCGGCGGCGACCAGGGCUUCCUCAGCCUCAAGCUUGAGGAGGUGGAGAUCAUCAACCACAACUCGAAGCGUCUUCGUUUCCGCCUGCCCGAGGAUGACAUGGUCUCUGGCCUUCCUGUCGCGAGUGCCAUUUUGACAAAGUACAAGCCUGUGGAUGCCGAGAAGGCUGUUUUGAGGCCGUACACGCCAAUCAGCGACGAGGACACGCCGGGGUAUAUUGAUUUGUUGGUGAAGAAGUACCCCAAUGGCCCGAUGAGCACCCAUUUGCACGAUAUGGCUCCCGGUCAGAGGCUUGAUGUGAAGGGGCCGCUGCCAAAGUAUGCUUGGUCGCCGAACAAACAUGAGCAUAUUGCUCUUGUGGCUGGUGGUACGGGGAUCACGCCCAUGUACCAGCUGCUCAGGACCAUCUUCAACAACCCCGAGGAUAAGACCAAGGUUACCUUGGUUUUUGGCAACGUCAGCGCGGAUGAUAUCUUGUUGAAGAACGAGCUGGCCACGCUCGAGAACCACUACCCUCAGCGGUUCAGGGCGUUUUAUGUCUUGGACAACCCGCCCAAGCAGUGGACUGGUGCGAAGGGGUUCAUCAACAAGGAGCUGCUGAAGACUGUGUUGCCGGAGCCGAAGAACGAAAACAUCAAGGUUUUUGUUUGCGGGCCGCCGGGGAUGAUGGACAGCAUUUCGGGGAACAAGAAGAGCCCGAGGGACCAGGGGGAGUUGAAGGGGAUUUUGAAGGAGUUGGGGUAUACCCCUGAGCAGGUUUACAAGUUUUGA